AAACAUUCAAUCUUAUAAUCAGUUAUUUAAUAUUACUGUGAUUCUUAUACCGUUUAUGAUUUAAUUAGAGUGAUUGAUUGUUGAAUUGUAGCUGUGUGUGUGAGAGAGCCUCUUGGUGACUUUAAUAUGAGAUGAAUGAGAGCAGAGCUGCAGGCCGAACAGUGAAUAUGUGAUCAGCGUCACCAUGACAUCAAGGUUUAGUAAGACGUACUCAAGGAAGGGAGGAGAGGCGAACUCUAAGUUCGAGGAGGUGUUUGCUAACAGAAAGGCUACGCUCAGCACUAAAUGGGGAGAGACCACAUAUAAAGCUCAGCUGGGUUCUAAACGCCUUUCCCACUCGCCCUCCACGCCCGACAUACUCAAAAAGCCCCGCAGCCUUGACCAUGACAACUCCAGCGAGGAUCCAUUUAGCUUUGACAGUGAUGAUGAGCUGAGUUCCACGUCCAAAAAGGAGGAAACAUGUGAGACAGACCAGCAGCUCGAGGGAGAAGGAAACACGGUAAAUCUCGUACAAAGUUCUUCUGCUUCAGUUAGAAACAGAGAGAAUAUCUCACCUGUGAACUCAACUCCUCUGAGGAGAGUUUUGGUCGAUAAUUCAGUAAAUCACACAGAAAAAGAUUUUCCACCUGAACCUGGAACUGAAGCACCUGCACAAGAGUCCAAACCUCCUGAACAGGAAGUGGGAGAGGCAAAAUUGGCUGAACAGCCAGUUGAAUUUGAGCUGCUUCCUCUGAUUAAAUCAGCGAGUGAUCGCGUGUAUCGACGAGCCAAACACAAAUCAGAACCGGAGAACUCCCAGAAUUCCACCAGUCCUGUUGUAUCUGCAGAAACCAGUAGCAGUAGCUUUGCUGCCUCUCCAAUUUCUGCACCAGUUCGUUUGCCGUUAAGCCUGACCGGGGCCGGGGUGACCGGGGCCGGGGUGACAGGGGUGGCCGGGGCCGGGGUGAAGGCAUCAGAAGUUAAAGGGCGUGGUCGUGUGAGAGAUUACACAGUGUUGCUUCCGUCUUGUGUGUCUGUGUGUAACGUCACCAUACAGGACUCCAUGGAACGUGGGGUCGAGGAGUGUGUAAGUACCACGCCCACUGAUCUUGGAGACACCGGAACAUUCCACAGGAGAACCGACCCUCAACCUCCCAAGUACAGCAGGUUUCGACCCACCAAGUCUAAGUUGGAGUGUAAACUGGAAUUUUUUGGGUUUGAGGACGGGGUGUGUGAGGGCGAGGAGAGUGAACCUGGUACCAGCUAUAAGAUUAAAUAUUUUGGGUUUGAUGAACUGAGUGACAGUGAGGAGGAAGAGGAGACGAGUGGAAAGAAGAAGAAGAAGAUGAUGAUGAAGCAUGAUGCAGUGCAGAUACAGACGGGUUCAGUGGAUAAUUCUCAGAAUCUCAUUUACACAGAUCAGGAAUGGCAAGCUGAAACCAACUCUGCAGGAUCAGAUUCUCAAAAAGACCAAACAACAAAACAAUCAGACCAAGUGAAAGAAAGCAGCCGCAAAAUGAUUAAAAAGUCUCAUGCUAAAGCCGUGUAUAAUGCUCGUCACUGGAACCAACCAGAACCAGAGGAACCGGCCCCCACAUCCCUCACCACCACUGUACCUAAGCUCAGUGUAUCGAGUGUGAAUAAGGAGGCAAGCAGUUUAAAAGAUGACGGGGUGUUUAAAGCCCCCCCACCUCCACCCGAUGUACCCAAAUCGGUGACCAAACCCACCGAGACACGUCAGGACAGCACCACUGGACACAAGGAGUUGUAUACAGUGGUGCAGCAGGUGAAGCAUUUUAAUGACGUGGUGGAAUUUGGAGAAAAUCAGGAGUUCACUGAUGAUUUUGAGUAUUUGGAAACAGGACUGAAGAGCACGCAACACCUACACACUCGCUGCCUCAGUAUAAUCAGUUUGGCAUCACGCUGUGCCAUGCCAAGCUUUCGUAUGCACCUGAGGGCAAGAGGAAAAGUAGCUCAGGUGUUUAAGAUGCUCAGUGACGCUCCACAACAUCCUAACCUGGCACUGUGCACGGCUGCACUGCUCUAUAUCUUGAGUCGGGACCGACUGAACAUGGACCUGGACCGAGCAUGUUUAGAACUGAUGAUUCGUUUGUUGGAGUUGGAACAGGAUGAUUCAGUGAAUCAUGACAACAACGUCAAGGAAAAAAUACAGAAACUGUGUGAGACGGUGCACAACAAACAUCUGGAUCUGCACAACAUCACUACAGGGCACCUAGCAAUGGAGACGCUUUUGUCUCUGACAUCAAAGAGAGCGGGAGACUGGUUUAAAGAGGAGCUUCGCUUACUGGGAGGACUGGAUCACAUCAUAGAUAAAGUGAGGGAGUGUGUAGAAAACCUGAAUAAAGGGGAGGAGAAGGAGAACCUCGUGGCAUCAUUAUGGGGAGCAGAACGCUGUUUACGGGUUCUUGAGAGUGUAACGUUUCAUAACCCAGAGAAUCAGACGUACCUGAUCGCUUACAAAGAUUCUCAACUCAUCGUUUCAUCAGCCAAGGCUCUGCGACACAGUGAGUCCAUGAUUCAGCUCCAUUAUAGCAUAAGCUCUGGCUCCGCCCCUACUUCUGGUAACCAUGGUAGCAUGAGUAAAGCAGUGGAGAACUGUAUGAGGGCGGUUUUGGGUGUAAUGCUGAACCUCACACACGAAAACGAAUGGGGCAGCACUAAAACAGGGGAGCAGGACGGGUUAAUGAUGACUCUGUUAAACUGUGUGCUGAAAGUUCCUCAUUUUCUCCCUCAGGAUCAGAGAUUCGACAUCCGAGUUCUUGGACUGGGACUGUUGAUAAACCUGGUGGAGUACAGCUCCAGGAACAGACAGGUUCUGGUGGAGAUGGAAGUGGAUUCAGAUCUGCUGCAGUCUGAGAAAGACGAGAAAGUGAAAGUAGAAAAAGUGGCACAAAUGGAAAAGGUGGAACCGAUCAAGUCGGAGAUGGAGGACGGUGAGCAGAUGAAAGUAAUGGAGAAGGUGGAGGAGACGGACGGAGAGGUGAAAAGAGAAAAGCAGGAGGAGAACAUACAAAAGAUUAAGACAGAGAUGAAGGUAGAAGUUCCGGAUGAAGAAACUAACAGUCUGAACACUAAAGGAACGUUGAAGGCCCUCGGUGCUCUGGUGCAGCUCUUCCUGGAACGUGAGAGGGCGGCGGUGCUGGCUGAGGCGCAGGCUGAUGACAUCAUCAGUGAGGCGCCAAAGUCUCAGACAGAUGAAAGCGGCCGAUGGCAGGUGACCAGUGGAGAGAUGCAGUGGGUUGCGUCCGAAAACAACAAUACUGAUGAAAAGGAAAAGGAAAAAGAGGAGGAAGAGGAGGAGCUUGACUUUAAUAAAGUACUGCAGCAUGCUGGGAAACACAUGGAGGACAGUAUUGUAGCGUCGUACACUGCGCUGCUGCUGGGCUGUUUGUGUCAGGACUCUCCGAUAAAUGUAAAUGCAGUGAGACAGUGUUUACCUGAAGGAAAUUUCUCCAUCAUGACUGAGAUGCUGAAAAGAUUCCUCAACUUCAUGAACCUGACGUGUGCAGUGGGAACCACAGGACAGAAAUCCAUCUCUCGGGUUAUUGAUUACCUCGAGCACUGUUAACACCAAUACAGAGGAUCUGAACCUGUCAGUACUGGAGGAGACGUAGUACAAUUAUACACACACACACACACACACACACACACACACACACACACACACACACACACACACACACUACUACAUCAUCUUUUAUUUGUAUUGUUUAUUUGAAAGCUCUGUAGUGAGUUCACGUUACUGUAAGAGCAAUAAUAAUUUAAUAGUUUAGAAAUGUAAAGAUUAUAUUUUUGGGAAACUGAAGAUCUUUUAAAGAAUAACAUUUUGUACAAUGGAUUUUAGUUUUGUUCAGUUGAGCGAAAUUAAAUAUGAAAUGGAAGAAAGGCUACAAUACAGAAUGUAAACACAAUUUAAAAGUUAAUUGGACUUUAGUUAAACAUUUAAUGAAUUGAAUUAUUGAAUUAUGGCAUUAAUAUACAAUAAAUGUUUAAUGUAAUUUCACUGUAAAAUAUUUGGGUUAUCAGAUUGAGUGACAAAC